ACCACAGGCCGCCGGGCCAGGCCGCCCGGAGCCGGCAGGAUGGCGGAGGGCAAGGCGGGAGGCGCCGCCGGCCUGUUCGCCAAGCAGGUGCAGAAGAAGUUCAGCAGAGCCCAGGAGAAGGUACUGCAGAAGUUGGGGAAAACUGUGGAAACGAAAGAUGAACGGUUUGAACAAAGUGCCAACAACUUCUACCAUCAACAGGCAGAAGGCCAGAAGCUCUACAAGGACCUGAAGAACUUCCUUAGUGCAGUCAAAGUGAUGCAUGAAAGCUCAAAGAGAGUGUCAGAAACCCUGCAGGAGAUCUACAGCAGCGAGUGGGACGGUCACGAGGAGCUGAAGGCCAUUGCAGGGAAUAAUGAUCUCCUUUGGGAAGACUAUGAAGAGAAACUAGCUGACCAGGCGUUGAGGACCAUGGAAAACUACGUAGCCCAGUUCAGCGAGAUUAAGGAAAGAAUUGCCAAGCGGGGUCGGAAACUUGUGGACUAUGACAGUGCCCGGCACCACCUGGAAGCGGUGCAGAGUGCCAAGAAGAAAGAUGAGGCCAAGACUGCCAAGGCAGAGGAAGAGUUCAACAAAGCCCAGAGUGUGUUUGAAGACCUGAACCAGGAACUGCUAGAGGAGCUGCCUGUUCUUUAUCAUAGUCGUAUUGGCUGUUACGUGACCAUCUUCCAAAACAUUUCCAACCUGAGGGAUGUCUUCUACAGGGAGAUGAGCAAGCUGAACCACAGUCUCUACGAGGUGAUGAGCAAACUGGAGAAGCAACAUUCCAACAAAGUCUUUGUGGUGAAGGGAGUAUCAAGCAGCAGCAGACGCUCUUUGGUCAUCUCUUCCCCAGUUUGCACAUCUGCGGUCUCUAGCCCCCUGACCUCACCUACCAGUCCCUCUGCACUUUCUUUGAAGAAUGACAGGGACUCCACCUCAGCAAGUGAAGAAGAGCUGGCAUCUGAUCUGGCCCAGGGAGAAGAGGAUUCCAAGAUUAAAGAGCCCUUAAAAGACAAGGAAAGAGAGGAGGAAGAGUCUGAAGCAAGCUCCUCUGAGGAGGAAGAGCCUCUCCCAGCUUGCAAUGGCCCCGCCCAGGCCCAGCCCUCUCCCACUUUUGAGGGCGGCAGGUCCCAGGAGGAAGUUCUCCCUUGCUCGCCAUCUCCAUCGCCAGGCAGUGCUCUUAUCCCUUCAGAGCAGCCCUCUUCUCUCCCAGAAGUAGUCCUCCGAACCCGCACCUCAAGUGAAGGAUCUGAACAACCAAAGAAGAGAGCCUCUAUCCAGAGGACCUCAGCACCUCCGAAUAGGCCUCCUCCACCCAGAGCCACUCCCAGCCCCAGGCACUCCUCGGGGAACAUACCCUCCAGCCCUCCAGCCUCUGAGCAGGGUUCUCCUACCAGUCCCAGGGCCUUCUUGGAGGCUGGGACUCCAAGUCCUAGGGCCUCCUUAGAGGUUUCUCCUGACCCACAGCCACCAGCGAAGCCAGUAAGAACUUCUGAGGCCAGAGGAAAGGAAAACAUCAACAAUCUGAACCCAGAAGAACUUUGUACUUCCCCUACCUUGAUGAUGUCUGAGGUUUUUUCAGAGUCUGACCCAACAAAGAAGAUUGAGGACAAGGAAGAGAACAAUAAGCUCACCUCUGCUGACUCCCCUGAGAGCCAAGAUCUUCAGCUUCACGUCUCUGCAGUUCCAGAAGAGAGCAAUGUCAUGGCAACCGUGCCUCAAGAAGAGGUAUCUACAGCUCAAACUGACUACCUGUGAAGGGGAACUGUCGAGACCUCCACACACACCUCCCCAGACAAGCUCCUCAGCUAGAGGGUAUAUAGGUCAGAGGGACUUAAGAUCUAGCAUUCAUUUUUAGGUUCUCCAACCGUAUGAAUGCUGGUGGUCUGUAAAGAUCUAGCAUUAAUGGAGGCUGAGGAGCAGACUUAGGGGAGGGAGGGCGGCAGGCUUAGGAGAAGAAACUAUUAGAUCCCGGGAAUAUUUAAUUCAGGCUUUAGCAUUGUUAGAAUAAAAAUUAUAUAUUAUAUAUUAAGUAAAGUUGGCCUAAAAUGACUAUAAAAAGCAUAAGCAUCUGUAGACCGAGACACGUCCACUUAGAGACACAUUACCACACAUACUCAGAGAACAGUGAACCACUCAUUUUGCAAGACUUAGAGUCAAAAGAACAGAUUUUCAGGUUGUUAAAUAAAGUAUUA